AUGACUUCAAUUAAACGCAAUCUCUCCAUCGCAUCCAUGCUCACCACCAAUCAAUCCCCAAAGCGCCGUCGCCCAGCGACACAGAUGAUGACUCUAUCUUCUAAUAGCGACUCGUGUGUCCGGCACACCACGAGGUUCAUUUCUAGCGAACUACUCCUCCAUGGCUAUGGCAACAAGAAGGAGCAGAUAGGUGUAAAGAUUAACGCCACCCAGAAGACUACAGAGGAACAGAUAAAGAUGCAAGACCGAGAGAUUAAAGAGCUGCAAAUUCAGAUUCAGGGGAAGGACAUUGGACUUAGACGGGAUAAGGGAGAGGGAGGGGGAGAUGGAGAUGGAGAGAAAGUGGGAGAGGAAGGAGGAGAGAAGGGGAGAGGGAGGGAGGGAGGGAGGGAAAGAGAGGAAGAGGAGGAAGAGGAGGGUGAAUAUGAAUAUGGAGAAGACGGAGAAGGGGAGGUGGGAGAGGAGCAGGAAGAAGAAGAAGAGAUGAUGGGGGAGACAGGGGAACCAGUUCAUUAUAUACGGGGAAAGAGACAGAAAUAUGUAAUCUCAAAGGUACAGGGCACGAAAAGAUGGUAUAGGUACUAA